GAUUGUGCUACACCGCCUGCCUGGCAACAUACGCUGCUCAUCAAUCAACCAUGACUGUCCUAACCCUAACCCUAACCUAACCUAACGACGAAUUCGGACAGACGUGUUUGUUUGAGUGUCGCACGUUCCGCGAGAGUUUUUGUAGCCGGUUUUGCGAUUGAAUUUGCAUUUCGGAAGUAAUUGAUCUAUUAUUAUGGAGUCACAAACAUCAGAUUCGGAGUACAGCUCGUCCGAUGAAGAGUUGCAGGAAGCCUUUGAGAAAGGAUUAAUAAAACCCGGAAUUUUCAAGAUCGAAUCCGCUCACCACCUAAAGCAGCCGAAGAAUUGCGUUACACUCAUGAAGAAGAAGUUCGACGCAGUAAGACUGAAUUUACCAUGGAUCGAGAGGCUGGACAUGAUAAAUGCACCAGCGCCCCUGGCACCAGAACUGGCUCUUCAAAUGCAGGAACAAGAGAUAAAGCGCAGUAAACAGCUGCAGGGAAAUAAGAAGUUACCUCAGUACGAACCCUCCGAAGAUCCUGUUCUGAAUGACUUUCGCAGAGAAACCAUGUUUCAUCGUCAGGCUCAGAGCGCUGUUAUGGACGGUAUUUCCAGAUUAAAGGAGCUCGGCGUGCCCACAAUUAGACCGGACGAUUACUUUGCGCAGAUGGCCAAGUCUGACGAGCACAUGCAGAGAGUCAGAACGAACUUGAUGAAAAAACAGGCGAUGGUGCAAAGAUCGGAAAAAGCGAGACAGUUAAGAGCGCAGAAGAAGGUAGCUAAGCAGAUGCAGGUCGAGGCAACGUUAAAGAAACACGCGGAAAAGAGGAAAAUGCUUGAGGAGGUUAAAAAAUAUCGUAAAGGUGUAAGAAAAGAUCUUGAUUUCUUGGACGACAAGAAGAAACCUCAAGGUAAACAGCAAAAUCGUACAAUAAGUCGAAAAGCACUGGCGAAGGAAAGGACAAAGGCGAAGAAAUAUGGUUUUGGUGGCAAAAAACGCGGUAGCAAAUGGAAUACAAAGAGUAGCUCGGCCGAUGUUUCUGAAUAUAAACGACCGUCCACACUGAGAAAGGGAAGGAUGGGAAAAGGUGGAAAAGGAAAACAAAGAUUAGGUAAAAGUCGUAGAAUACAAAUGAAAAAUAAAAAAAAGUCAAAUAACUAAUGAACUUGAAUUGUGAGAUUUGUAUGUAUGAAUAUUUAUAUUGGACUGUGAAUGCAGUAGAACUCCAGUAAAAUUUCGAGCAUCACAAUUUUCUCCUUUAUGGACGAACCAAUAGAUUAGUAGUGACGUUUUCCCGAUCUUGAGUAACUGGGAAUAUAUCGUAAAAUGUGCAUUUAUUCUUUAAAAAUCUAAAAAAAAAAAAAAAAUAAAUAUAUAUAUAUAUAUUUUAUCGUUUCUUGCUACCAGUUGGUCGCUAAUUGAAAGGGGAAGAAGAUAAUUUCGACGUCUAAAAUGAAUCCGGUCCCGUGCGCUCGAAAUUACUGGAGUUCUACUGUGGUACAUGCGAACAAGUAAAU